AAAAUGGUGCUGAAUCUGAGUGUGGUGAGAGUCAACAGAACAAUUUUUAGUUUUUCCAACAUUUAAAGGCCAUCUAGUAUAAUUUCCUUUUUGAUUUUCGUUAAAAAACCAUGUAUAUUUCGGAGAGACUGACUUCAGGUAGCCAUGUCUCUGCCGGUGUCUCAAUAUGAAGCCUUACUGGCCGAAGUGCGGGGCCUAAGGCGCAAGACCCAACGCGUCCAACAACUAGCAAAUGCCCAAUAUUAUCAGAAUGAUAAACCACUAGAUUACACAAUGGAGUCUUUACUCUUAAACCGGCAUCACGAUAGGUCAAAUUCGCCAAAGUAUGAACGCGGAGCUAACUCGGAUCAAGGUCACUUGUCCAGCGAGGACGAGUUUCGUUCUGGAAUACCGAAACCUCGAUCUGUAAGAAGUACCGGACAAAUGUCAGUCAGUAGCGAACCUGUAACUAGAGUUACUAGUGGACAACAACAACUUGAUUCUAUGUAUCAUGGUGCUUGGCCUAACGUUGAAAGGACAAGCAUGUGGAAUUCGGAACCUGCCAGUUUGGGAGAAGCCAGCGCUCAACAACACAGAAAACUCAGCAAUUGCUCUGCUGGCUAUCAAAAUGAAGUAUCUUCAGUUAUGUCGUUCGCUUCAAGCUCAGGCGGAGUCCCAAUAGACAGAGUCUUAUGCGAUCCAAGGUCUUCCCAACAACCGGGAGCCAAAAUCGACAUGGUCAACAAUUUACUAGCGAUGCUGAGCAGUCAAGAACAAGUGGACAUGGGCGAAACCUUAUUAGCUCUAAGCAGUUGCCCGGAAAGUUGUCUUGCAAUGCGCCAAUCAGGUUGCAUCCCCUUAUUAGUUCAACUAGUUCAAUCGGACAAGGACGUGGAUACGCGAAAAAAGGCAGCGCAAGCGUUGCACAAUUUGGUAAACUCGCAACCCGACGAAAAAAUCCGCAAACGCGAAAUUCGAAUAUUGAAGUUGCUGGAAGAUACUCGCAGGUAUAUUGCGUGCUUGAAGUAUAAUUUGGAAUUUGAAAUGGAUGAUAGCAUGAUUGCCGGCAUGAGCCCGGUGCAUUCUCAAGACGACGGUGAUAAACACCCUGUACAAUUAAUAGCUCAUUUAAUGAAGCUGUCUUUUGAUGAAGGCCACAGGCAAGCCAUAUGUCAACUAGGUGGAAUACAUACUGUAGCAACUCUAGUCGAAACUGAACAUGGUUUACAUGGCAGCUCUAUGCAAGAUGGCCAUUGUUUAUUGAUGCGCCGAUACGCAUGCAUGGCACUCACAAACUUAACAUUUGGAGAUAGUGGAAAUAAAACACUUUUGUGUUCGUUUAAGGAAUUCAUGAAAGCGCUUAUUUUACAACUACAAAGCCCCAGUGAUGAGUUGAGACAAGUGACAGCUAGCGUGCUGAGAAAUCUAUCUUGGCGUGCUGAUUCAACAAGCAAAGAUAUUUUACGUGAAGUUGGAAGCGUUACUGGUUUAAUGAAGGCAGCUAUGUUACAAAACAAAGAAAACACUUUGAAGUCUAUUCUGUCAGCACUUUGGAAUCUGUCUGCACAUUGCACUGAAAAUAAAUCAGAAAUUUGUGCUGUCAGCGGUGGCUUAGGGUUUUUAGUUAAUAUGUUAACCUACAAAACCCCUUCAAAGAGUUUAGCUAUAAUCGAAAACGCUGGUGGUAUUUUAAGGAACAUUUCAAGUCAAAUCGCUGUACGAGAUGACUACAGAGAAAUUCUACGUAAGCACAACUGUUUGCAUGUUUUAUUGGACCAACUAAAGUCACCUAGUUUGACAAUAGUAUCUAAUGCUUGUGGUACUUUGUGGAACCUUUCAGCCAAAAACGCCCAAGAUCAAGAUACCUUAUGGCAAAUGGGUGCUCCAGCUAUGCUCAGAAGUCUAAACCAUUCAAAACACAAAAUGAUUGCUAUGGGUUCGAGUGCAGCUUUAAAAAACUUGCUCGGUUGCAGGCCCCAACAAAGUUUAUUGCAAAAACUAGACUCCACUGCGCUCUCUCUGAAUUUACCAGAAUUACCUACAUUAGGUGCUAGAAAGCAAAAAGCUUUGAUGCAAGAAUUGGAUCACAACUUGACUGAAACUUAUGAAAAUAUUGAUAAGGACUCGCCUGGUAAAUCUACUGCUAGUAGUGCAGAUGUGGUCUUUAUACGCAAUUCAGACACUGAAUUAACUAAUCAGUUUGCCAGUUUGAAUUUAAAUGAACCUUCAACCAGCCAUGCUUUAGAUACGAGACACAAAAUCGCCAAAAAUUAUGCUGGUUCAAGUUUACCAUACGUUCCACAACCAACUAAACGUACAAAUCCAACCUCUUUUCUACCAGUAAGAAAAUAUCCUGAAGAUGGCACUCAUGAACAACCGAUCGAUUAUAGUCGCAAAUAUACAACUACAGAACAAAAAGAAAACUACACUGACAAAAAGGAUAGUGAUAGUUUUGAUAUAGGUUAUACUGAAACCGAUUUGGAUCAGCCAACAGAUUAUUCCUUAAGGUACGCUGAAGAUGAUUCGGAUUCGGAAAGUUGCAGCAACAAAAUGACCAAGGAAUAUGUGCAAGAUACUGUAAAAACUUAUUGUACUGAAGGUACUCCUUAUGAAACACCUUUCGCGUUUUCCACAGCAACCUCGAUGUCAGAUUUGAGGAAUGUCGGCGCAACAGAUGACAAGCCUGAAAUUGAUAAUGAUUUGCAAAAGGAAAACAAUAAAAAAGACUGUAAGGAGACGAAAAAUGUCGAUGAAAAAGACCGUUGUUCGACCGAAGACAUUUCAGAAAUGGACAAUGUGCAAAUCAAAGAAAAAUCUGAAUUCAGCUCUGGCGUGAUGUCACCGGAUAAGCCUAUAAACUAUUGCGACGAGGGCACGCCAGUUUGCUUGUCGCGAUUUAGCAGUUUUGAAUCGGGAUUAAAUUCCAUUCCGGCCAACGAAACUGUUUUAAAAAAAGAACCAAAAAAAGAAACUAAAAACGAAUCUCCUUCAGUUCAGAAAGCUGAAAAACCAAGCAGUGAGAAGAUUAGUAGUAGUAGUACUCCUAAGGCACCCAAUGAGACUAAGGCUGUGAAAUUUGAACAGGUUGUAAAUUAUGCUGGGCAAACUCCAUUGAUGUUUUCAAGAUCGAGCUCGUUGGCAUCUUUGGAUAGUAUUGAACAACAUUCUAUACACGAUGAUAGAAGCUCGGUUGUUUCAGAUUUCAGUCGCCUAACAAGUGGUUUAGUCUCACCAAGCGAGCUACCUGAUUCUCCAACACAAACAGUACCUUCCAGUCCUCGACCUACCAAGCAAAAAUUAGAAUUUCCCAGUUCUUCCAAAAACCAGCCUGUUAGAAGGCAUUCCGCUGAAACCAAACAACAAAAGGUGUUACCGAAGGCAACCUUUUUUGAAGACAGUGUUAUCAAGUUUAAAGAAGAAAGCACGCCUAUGCAGUUUUCAACUGCAACUAGUUUGAGCAGUCUUAAUUUAGAGGAUCACGAAGAUGGUGAAUCUAGAACUAAGACUCCAGAUACUAAAGUGGUUCAAUCUACGUCUGCCGCAAAUACAUCAAAUAAAGAAGAACAAGGAGAACAGCAAGAAAAAGCAGAUACAGAAAAGGAAAAAGAAACAAGCGGAUCUGACGAUCUUAAUGAAGAUUCAGACGGGGACGACGAUAUACUUGCUGCUUGCAUUAACGAUGGAAUGCAGUCAAAUAUAUCUAUUCCCACUGUCAGUUCCACUCCCACAAAACUACCAACUUUCAAAUAUCAGCCAGCCAAAAUGCCUGGAACUAGCACAGGUAUUCCGAUGAUGAGACGUACUCCACCCAGACAUUUACCUGUCAGGAAUACCAAUUUGGAUGAUCUAACUAGGACUUACUGUACUGAAGAUACACCUGCUCAGCUUAGUAGAGUUGGUUCAAAUUCUAAUUUGAGUGAAUUGUCGAUACCCACUACUAACCAGAGCAAAACUAUAGAUUUUUCUGAUGAUUCUAGUAAUUUGUCUGGUGACAACGAGAAUCUAUUAGAGGCAUGUAUACAAUCGGGUAUGCCUAUGGCUAAAGAGGAUCCAAAAGCAAAUCAGUCGUCAAACAAAAGCAAAACUACUGACCUAUCUGACGAUUCCAGUAAUUUAUCAGGCGACAACGAGAACCUUUUAGAAGAAUGCAUCCAAUCGGGCAUGCCUAAAGCGAAAAAAGACCCUCCAAAAAAUAUACCCACGGUUAGCGUACUUCCGAGACGUACACUGCAACCUCCGAAACAACAACAACAACAACGUCCCCAAUUAGAAAACCAAACGCCCAGCUCGAGUAUCGCCGUACGGAAAUCCGAUGAAGCCUCAAAAGCGCCCCGGUCCCAUUCCAAUUAUAAUAAACAGAGAGUUUUAGAAAAGAUCGAUAGCAAUAGACGGAAAGGUUACGAAAAAAAUGCAGAGGCGGGUAGGAGGGAGACGUCUUUACCCCCCUAUUUGCACUUGAGGGAUGAAAUUGCGAAUUACCAGGUUGAGGACAGUCCGUUUCAAUAUUCGUUGAGGUCAAGUUUAAGCGAUCUGACUGUCGAUGGCAGUGUAGCUGGUUCAAAACCGUCUGGCAAAAUACAAAAACCACCAACUAAAGAAGAACAGGGUGCAACUGCUGGGCCUAGUAGAAAACCUUUAUCGUCAGAUACCAAUAAAUCUCCUGACGGAGCCAACCAAUUGAACAAGCUCCAUCGCAAAGAAUCCUUUUCUUCUGUAAGCUCAAUGGCUUCAAACGAAAGUGACCAAGCUUUACUCAAGGAAUGCAUUUACUCUGGAAUGCCAACAGACAAGAACGAAGAAGCUUUGCUCAACGAAUUAAUACAAGCUGGAAUGCCUCAGAGUAGGACUAGUAGCAGAAAUGAAACUUCAAGUAGACCUGUUCCAAACACAAGACCUUUAAGCCAAAGAGAUGAGUUUUUGGCACAAAGUCAAAACGCAGAGGCUAGCAACAGGUCAAAAAACGUGAAUGCUGCGUCUGUUGCCGAGAGCACAGCGGUAGCGCGACCGCUGGCAAACAUGCAACGUCCCGAAAAGUCAAACACGGCGGCAGGCGUAGAAAAAGGUCCCGGACUGGAUCGGAACGAUCAGAUCGACACAGGGAAAGCGGCAGAAGUCUCGGCGACAAUCCCGGCCCAUCAACAAGCGCCAGAGGAUCGGAAAACAGGGACCCUUCCAGUAGCCGAUACGUUACAGGGCAGAUUCUUGCACUCAGACGAGAACUUCUCGACAGAUCAAACGAAGAGUGGAUCUAGCAAAUCCGUCAGUCAGUUUUUGGAGGGCAGCUUCGAAAACGACUUUACUUAUUCGAAUUCCGACAAUUGCGCGAAUCUCGAUCACGCUUUCACAAAGAGCUGUGAAGAGUCGGGCAAUUUGGUGGACAAUAGAAUGCUGGAUCCCGAUGCUAUGAUUGAGUCGCUUGACAGGUUUACUGCUGAAUUGGUAAGCCAAGCAAGCCACCUAACCAGAGAAAAAAACAACAGUCAAAAGUUAUCGAAUAACGACGAUAAUACUUGGAAUGACGAUACGUCUCAUAAUGAAAUAACUUUUCCUACUCUAUCAGAAAGUGUGCCAAAUGUUAUUACUUUCGAAGAUGACAGCAGUAAUUUAGAUGUCGUUGAUGCAGUAGAGAUCCACGACGAAGGAAUCAGCAACGAUUUUUCUUCCCUAAACACAACCACAAUGACAGAAAGUACUCUUAUAGCACUUGAAGCCAAUAAAAUGGUCACCGUUUUCAAAAAAGAAGCUGAAAUGUCUUUGAGUACAAUAAGUGCCAAAUCAUUUGAUCUGGAUUCGGUAAAGCCACCAUCGCAACUGAAUUCUUUAGCAAACAGUAUUACAAGCAUUCCAAGAAGUCCUAAAUUAGCUUCAAGAAAAAAAUCACUUCCAGGCAGUCUUUUAGUAAAAAGGGCCCUAAAUAAUUCCAUGAACCAUAGUUCAAGCAUGGAAAGUUUAGAUAACAACAUUGAAGCCUUGAAUCCUCCAUCAGAAAUGUUCAACUUGGACAUGGAUAAUAGCAUAACAAGCAUAGCAAGUUUACCAUGUGAAAGCGCAGAAAUUCCAGGCAAAAACCAACCUCAUCCAAUAUUUACAGUGAAACAACAGUUCAUCCAAUCAGGCUUAUGUAGUUUCAAUGCAGACUUGGAAAUGGUCAAUCCUCCAUCGAUAUUUAAUGAUAUCACGGACAUGUGCAAUUCCUUAGCUGACGUUGCUACUGAUAUUAUUGGGACUGAAACAUCUAUUUUUCAGGAUUGUCUCACGCAGGCAGCUGAUCAAACAUAUGUUGACAAUACUUUAGCGAAUGACACCACAGAAUAUAGUGAUGCUAACAGCGUGACCCCCAUACAAACUGAUAUUAGUAGCGCGGAAAAUACACCUAAAAGAACUCCCAAGACUUUGAAUAAAACAAUGAUGACCAAACAAAAAAGGAAUAUGGCUAGAGAUAGAUACAAAACUUACGUUGUAGCAGCAGAAAAAGUAAUGCAAGAAUCCAUCGAAUUAGAAAAAGGCAAAACACUAGAAUCCCCCAUAAGUGAAGAUUACAUGACCGUCAACGACAAAACUGAGCCAAUGAGUGAAGCAACUUACACCAUUGAAACAGCCACCUACACAGUUGAAAAUCCCAAGCUAACACCAAAAGAACGAAGGCGAUUGGAUAGGGCACGGUUCGAAACUCAGGUGCUAGACGAGACUACAAUUUUGCUCAGCGAUUUUGCGAUUAAAGAGUCCGGUGUGGAAUCAGGUGCUUCUAGUGCUAGUCCGAGUCCUACAAGGAGUAAAUUGAGUAUAAGGAGGAACUUUCUGCAAAAACGAUUGGAGAAUAAGGAGCGGUUUAGGACACGAACAUUAAGCGAGAGCAGUUUUGGAUCUCCAGAACCGGCGUCAGCUUCUCCUCCCUGUGAAAAUAGUGAUAUUCACUCCUUAGUGGAAAAAGAAGCCAAUUUAGUACUAAAAACAAUACGAGACAGUAAGCUAUUCCAUGAUGAUUUAUUAGAUUUUGAGACUUUGAGUCUAGUGUCUAAUGACGAAGACUCCGAACACAAUUCUGGUAAUUCAAUGAACUACAGAACAUAUCAAAGGAGUUGGAGUUCGAAAAAAACACAAGACUUGCCUGUGAUUUCCGUUGAACCAAAUGGGCAUUGUGCUGUUGAGGAAAAAACUCAAAUUCCUGAUUCUGAAUCAAACUCUGAUGAAGAAAAUUUGAAUGAAAAACUUUUGGCAAAGCCCAAAAUUGUUAAGCCAUCUAGCUUAGAGGUAAUUGAAAAUGUUGAAAUUGUAGAGGAACCAAAAGGCAUUCGAGGCAGACGGAAACCUUUGUAUUCAAAAUCAAACUUGAAUAAUAAAGUGUCUCCGAAAACGAUCAAACCGGCCAAAAAUAUGGCUUCAAAUUUGGUCAAAAAUAUCACUUCUAGUUUAAAAUCAGGCGCAGCAUUGAAUGCUCGUGAUAAAUGUACGUCCAUAACAAAGCCAGCUGUCAAAUCUAGCGGCUAUGGUUUUAAUAGAAGUAAUAAUAAUAGUGUUACCCCGAAUAGAAGUCCAAAACAUACAGCCAAAAGUAGUCCGCCAUUGGAAAGGCAAGGCACAUUUACCAAGGACGAUUGUCCAGCUAAUGCCAUUUCUAAAACAACAACAACAACAAGAUUGCCAACUCCAUCGUCCAAAAUUCCGUCUUUUGCCAGACAAAUCGCCCGAGCAGUUACAAGCAAAAUUCCUACAAACAACAACGCAACACCCAGCAAGUUGCCAUCCAAAUCUUCAAGUGCAGAUAGAACUAGUAAAAUUUCCAGAAUAUACAACAGAUCUACAAGUGCUGACAGUAGAGAGCCAUCCAGCAAGAAAAUACAACCGUCUUCUUCCACCCAAAGCUUAAAAAACGAAUCGAAAAUACCAAACGGUGCUUUAAAAAAAUCGGGCAUCCCGAGCCCAGCUCAAAGGUCCCACAGUAACGUUAGCGUUUCCUCAAAUGGUAGUGCCAAAAAACAAGUAACCAGUAAAAUUGCCAGUUUAUGGAAAAAAGUCGAAGAGAGCAAAUCCAAACAACCACCUAAACCAGACAAAAGAGUUUGGAUUCAAAGUGAAAAGGAACCCGAGCCUCCAAAGCUGAUAAGAAGAGACACUUUUGAGAAUAAAGAUGGCAGCGGGGCUUGUGCUCUGGAACAAGGUAUUCCGUCUUAGGUGGCUAAAUAACACUGAACCAAACAAAACAAAUAUUUGUUCUUUUAUGUGGCUUUAAACCAUUAUUAUUAUUAUUAAACUAUUAGAUUAGUAAUUUUUAAGGUUAGUUUUAUGAAAUGCUAUUGGUUACUAUUAAUUGGUUCCAGAAAAAAAAAUGACGUGGCGUUGAAGAGAUUGAUUUAUAUAUUUUUGUAGAAUGUUUUUUAGUUAAGGCAUUGAUUGUCAAGAUUAAAAUUCCUUCCAACUUUACUGAAAAUUGAAAAUAGACAAAAAUAUAAAAUUUGUGAGAAAAAGAUCUUAAAUUAUACAGAAUCACUCUAAUUCUAACAAAAAUCACCUCACGUCAUUUUUUUCAUUCGGACCAACUUCAUUUUAGUUAGGUAUUACAUUUCAAAUUGAGUGCAAUUUUAAUUUUUACAUUCAAAAAUCGUUUUAUUUCAUUGUAGGUAUUUAUUUAUCAUUUAUCCAGUCUGAAAGUAUAUCACAGGUUUCAUGCUCGCUUUCAUUUUAUUUAUUUUCGUGCAUUAAAAUCCCAUUUAUUCUAGUCUUCAUAAAUGUGUAAUGUAGCUUCGAAGUGAGAUUUUUAAUGAAACAAGAUUUUGGAGUUGGUUCAAGUGUCUUGACUAUGCGCAAGUUUAUAGAAGAAGCAACUUACCCCAAAUAUCUUGUUAAUUUAAAAAUCGCUUUGUAUUUUAUAAAGACUGUAUAGUAUUUGUUUUUUUUUUCGUGAUAUUAUUUAGGUUCUAUUCUUAUUAUCUAUCUGUGUUUCCUUUUGUAUAUAUGAAUUAUUUUAGAAAAAUAAUGUCAAAUAUAUGAACACAUUAGUAGUUUUAUAUAAUAAACAGUUUAUAUAUUUAAAAAAAAAAAUGUAAAUGUUUCCGUUUUGUUAAAUGUUAUAAAUUAAUGUACUUAUGGACCUAGUUGGCUCUUGAAUUUACAUGAAUAAAAUCCAAGAUUUGCUUUUACGUACAAGUGUUUUAUUUAGUUAACGGGUUCUAUAAUACAUAGAUAAAUAAUAAUUAAAUAAACUAUACAUAAUUAGCAAUAACAUUUUAUAUUUCUUAAAUGUAAAUUAUACAUGGGUUAUGGAUUGAUGAGGAUUAUGUUUUCAGAAUAAGUGAGGUCUAUGGGAGGGGAGGUUUGAAUGUCAUAUCCCAUUUGAUAUAAAUAAAUACACAUAACUUCAGUUACCUUAACCAACAUAUUUUAUCUUACUUUGCAGAUAACUGUUUCAGUUGCUUAAGCACAGUUUCAAGUAACUUUUUCUUGUCUCUCUCAUUCUUAUUCAACACUGUAAAGAUGUUCUUCUUGUCUCCUUCCUUCAACCUAAAAAAAACAUCAACAAAUUAACAUGUUUUACCACUAUAUUUAAUUUACUUACUUCUCAAGUAGUAUAAUGGCAAUUUCAGGUCUAACAUUUUUAUACCGACUAUUAUCUUGAGCGUAAUCGUGGAAAUAUGUGGGCCAAUCCCACGAAAUAAGUAAAUCCAAAAUUUCUCGUAACUUGACAAAAUAUUUCAAUAGUUCGUCUUGUUGGAGGCCUUUCACAGGCUCAGAAGCGGCAAAU